AUGCCUGGCGUCGGAGCGAUGAAGCGGCUGCUGCGCGAGUACAAGGAGCUGUCGCGGUCGCCGCCUGACGGCAUUGCGGCGGCGCCUGUUUCCGACUCGAACGUGUUCCAGUGGAAGGUGGCCAUGGUCGGUCCCGAGGGAUCCGACUACGAGGGCGCCUUCCUCACCGCCGUCCUCGACUUUCCACACAACUACCCGCUGGCUCCGCCGACUAUGACCUUCACCACCCCGGUCUGGCACCCCAACGUGUAUCCCUCGGGCAAGGUCUGCAUCUCCAUCCUCCACGAGGGUACCGACGCCUCGGGCUACGAGUCGGCCACCGAGCGUUGGUCGCCCAUCCAGUCGGUCCUCUCCAUCGUCCUCUCCGUCCUCUCCAUGCUUGCCGACCCCAACGACGAGUCGCCUGCCAAUGUCGACGCAGCCGUCGAGUGGCGCGACAACCGCCCGGCUUUUCGCGCACGUGUCAAGGCUCACAUCGAGGCAUCGCUCGGCCUCAGCCCCGAACUACUCCGCCGCUACCCGGCUUCGAUAGCCGCAUCGGCUUCGUCGACCUCGUCUUUGCUCUGAACUCAACACACGCUCGAGUUCAAGACUCAACGGCCGUUGUCUGCCUAAGUUUACCCUCAGGCGGCCGCAGACUCACUGAUCUCCGACAGGAUCGCUGCAAUGUCGGUCGCCAGCGAGUACUGGAAGAGCUGGAGGAGGGUAGCUGCGAGAGUGGGCGUCACCGCGUCGGCGCGGACGUAGGCGUGGAAAGCCUCGUAGUCGCCGGCCUGCAGCACGCUGAUGAUCAUCAUUCGCAGCGACUCCUCGUCGAGCCCAUGGCCUGCCUGUUCUUCACGCAGCUGAUCGAUGACGCCCAAGUUGACCGCCUUGACCGCCAGCAGCAGCGGUGUGCGCCCGUCUUUGUCGGCCGCGUUGACAUCGAGCUCCUCCUCGCACCGCUCGCGCGCCAACCGAAGGAGCGCGCUCACCAUGUCGGCGCUCUCAGAAAGCACCGCGAGAUGGAGCAGCGAUCGCCCUUGGUUAUCGGCUGCAUUCGGCGAGAGGCCGGCAAGCAGCCACUGCUCGAGACCGGCCACGUUGUCGUCUAGGAUGGCCGCCACCAGCUCGUCUGCCACCACGUCGUGGAGGAGACGACCUCCGGCAUCGCGGAUGACGGCUGCGGUCUCGUAGUGCUUGGCCAGAAGCGCGUCGUAGAGCGGCGUGUGGAGCGAGUAGUCAAGCGGUGACGGGUACACGUUGUACUGAGUGAGCAGGACGUGUGCAAACUCGGUCUGGCCCGCCAGCGCCGCCACAUGCAGCGGCGUCCGCCCCGAGUAGUCGGGUGUGUCGACGGAGACUCCCGCCCGCACAAGCUCGGACAGGGAGGCCACGUCACCUUCAGACGCCAUCGCGCACACGUACGUCACCAUAAACCGCGCCGCCACUCCCGA